CUGUACCGCCAACGUGUAGUUUGUUUACUGCAUCAUCGUUCAUGUGAUUACGUGGAUGCUUGGAUAACUUAAAAGUGUUACUUGAAACGUCUUUUACCAGUUGUCACCCUCAUUUGGCAUUAAGUUUCUGUUGUGCGUGUGUGAAUAAAAUCCAAAGUAUGUCCAAACAGCAAAAUAAAGGAUUUACGAAAGAAGAGGAGCUACUUCUUCAAGAUUUCAGUAGAAAUGUUUCGACUAAAUCAUCAGCUCUAUUUUAUGGGAACGCAUUUAUUGUAUCCGCAAUUCCAAUAUGGUUAUUUUGGAGGAUUCAUAUGAUGGACAUUUAUGCUUCACUCAUUCUGUUUGUGGGUGUGACUGUAGUGUCUACAUAUUUGUUAGCCAUGGCCUAUAGAAACACUAAAUUUACUUUGAAACAUAAAAUUGCUGUGAAGAGAGAGGAAGCAGUUACCAGAGAUUUGAUGAAAAAACUUGCUGAUGACAAGAAGAUGAGCAAAAAGGAAAAGGAUGAGAGAAUAUUGUGGCAGAAGAAUGAAGUCGCAGAUUUUGAAGCUACUACUUAUUCCAUUUUCCAUAAUAAUGCUCUAUUUUUAACAAUAGUUAUUUUUGCUAGUUUUUAUUUUUUGCGUUCAUUUUCUCCUGCUGUUAACUACACUUUGUCAAUUGGCUCAGCUGCUGGGCUUUUAGCCCUUUUGUCAACGGGCUCUCAAUAAUAUUUAGUGCAUUCAUUUGCUAUGUAGAUUUAUAGAGGUAUUUAUGUUAAACCUGUUAAAACAUAAGUUGUUCUCCUAAUUUAUUUGCAUUUCAUUUACUAUUUUGUUAGCUUACAUUUGAUCAAUAAAACAAAUUU